AUGUCACGGUGUCCAAACUUCGAACGCGCGAAGCAUUCAAGUAGCCUUCUGGUGGGUUUAGCACUAGGCCGUACCCCUGCUCUUUCAAGUAGCAUCCAAGCAUUCAAGGUGGAACUACACGGUGAAAGAACCAAGCAAAAGGUCAUGAAAACAACCUCAGGCAUUUCAGGAGACAUUGACCUAGUUAAGGUGGUGGAAAAGCUAAGGAAGUUGUGUCAUACAGAGAUAGUAUCUGUUGGAGUAGCUAAAGAGUCUAAGAAGAAAGGAGAUAAAAAGAUAGAGAAUAUAGCUAAAAUGAUUGUGCCUGCUCCUUUGAGUUAUAACUAUGUUUAUUAUCCUCCAACUUAUUAUGUUGGAACUGUGAAAGAGUAUCCUAAUAGUGGCUGUGUCAUAUGCUAA